AUGUCCAUCGAAAAUCUCAAAGUCAGCGACCCCUUCGCCGAUGCCGACGAAGACACUGGAGAAACCAAGCAGGCGCAAAAUUAUAUCCAUAUACGCAUUCAACAGCGUAAUGGACGCAAAACCUUAACUACCGUCCAGGGUCUGCCCAAGAAAUUCGACCAGAAGAAGAUCCUCAAGGUCAUCAAGAAGAAGUUUGCCUGCAAUGGAACCAUUGUCACCGACACCGAAAUGGGCGAGGUGAUCCAGCUCCAGGGAGAUCAGCGCAAAGAUGUCCAGGAUUUCCUCACCGACAAGGAGGGCCUCGAGCUAGACGUUAAGACCAUCAAGGUCCACGGUUUCUAA